AUGAGAGUGCUGAGAGCUAUAUACGUGGGAGUAGCCAAGAGGCUAGUAGUCCAUACAGAGGUUUCACCUACGCACGACGGCGAGAGUCAAGGCCGGACCGAGAGUCCAGCCAGAUCUUCUCAACAUAAGCGAAUACAGCUAGCAUUCGAAUGGCUCCUCGAAAACCCUUCCGAAACACCUCUUACUGCGAGUCGCAUUCAUAUGAUAGAGAAGCCUGAUACUUUAAAGCGAAGAUGGAAUAGGUAUCAAGCUAAACAAGCUCGAUUGAAAGAGGGGAAAGCGCUACAAGUAGAGAGGCUUAUGGUUCUAUCAGCAGCACAGCACAAAGCUGUUUUGAUCUACGCCGCAAAUCAAGCAACUAAAGGAGGGAAAGGAGCUACUAAGCGUAUGCUUUAUCGAUGCAUUUGCUACCUUAAAAUACAAGAAAAUAAGCCAAAACCUUCUUGGCGUUGGUUUCAAUCUUGGUUGAGAAAUACAGCAGAACUCUAUGCUAUACGGACCAAACCAAUCGCAUCUUAUCGCGUCGAUAUGCAUAUCGAGAAAUCUCUUUCCAACUGGUUCUAUACCGAGCUUGUUCCUGCUAUCCAGUUCUGCGGAAUUGGGCCUAAAGAUAAGCAUAGAAUCGCAAAUAUAGAUAAGAAAGGCGCGCGGAUUUGUAUGCCGGCCGGAGAAGAAGUUAUCGUACCUAUCGGAAUCAAAGAAAUAUAUACAAGAAUCUAUGAAAAUCGACUAUCCGUAACUGUGAUCGAAGCUAUUCUUGCCGAUAGAAAAGCUAUUCCUCUAAUGAUUAUUUUUUCCGAAAAGAUGACUAGACAUGAAGUUGUUACUGUUUCCGAAUCCGGUUAUACGAACGAUAGGAUUACUAUAGAGUGGCUUAAGCACUUUAUUAAGCAUACCGAUCAAGGACCCGAUAAACCGUGGAUGAUAUUAUUACUUGAUAGUCAGCUUUGCUACGAAGCUUUAAAUUUCAUUCUACUAGCCAAACAAAAUCGCUUCGAAGCUGAAUAUAUUAUCUCAUCGUUUAUGCGAGACUUUCUUCAAAUUCGCGAGCAAACCUUUACAACUCGGAAUAUCAAACACGCUUUUCGAGAUGUAAGAAUGUGGCCGAUCAGCUUUUCUCAAAUUCAACGCAAAUUGAAAGAGUAUAGUAAAAAGAGUAAGAAAGAGGCGGGAUUGCAUAUACUCGAGUACGGAGAAACGUCUGAUCUUGAAGAAGAUGAAUAUUCUUUUUCAAUCGAUAAGCAACCUGACGAAUUACCUCUUCUUGCGCUACCUCGACCUCCUUAA